AUGUCUACAAUCUUACUAGAUAAAGUAAAGCAAUUGAAUUAUACAGAUGUUGUAAUUUUAUGGAGACUAGGAUUUCUGUUAUACCCUAUUACUUAUAUUAUAUCAAUUCCACUCACAUACUUUCUACAACGAUAUAGUGGAAAAAUAUCAGAGAUUUGGUCUGUUAAAUUCUUAGAAAAUUAUAUUGUUAGAAAUUAUAUUAUAUUAUGGUUUACAAUACUAUAUUUUGGUAAUUUAUUAAAUUUUCAAAACUCACAGGUAUCAAUCUCAUUUCACGAUCCAAAAACAGUGAAAAGCAUUAAAAUAUAUUUCUUGAACAUAAUAUGGUUAACAAUUUUAUUAGAAUGGUUUUUUGGAUCACCAAUUUUUGAAAGAGUUAGUAUUGCAUUAGGUGCAUAUUGUACAAAAUCAGAGUUCAAUAAGGAAUAUAAAUGUGAACAAAAUGGUGGGAAAUGGAUAAAUUUAUUUGAUUCUUCAAGUCAUUAUACUAUGUUAAUUUCAAAUAGUUUAUUGAUCUGGUAUUUGGUCAUACCAUAUAUAUCAAGACAUAUGUUUAAGAAUAUAAAACUAGAUUUAGAACAAGCCGGUCUUCAACAAGAACCUACUAUAGAAGAACAACCUGAGAAAUUAAAAACUAUUUUGGUUUAUUUAUCUUUACUUUUUAUUGUGUUAUGGUAUAUACUGUUUUGUAUAACUUCAUUAUUUUUCCAUACAAUAACUGAAAAAUUAGUUGGAUUAUUUUGUGGUUUAUUUGUACCAAUAAUGAUACAAUUUAUAAAUUAG